UCUGAGGAAUCCGCGCUUGCAUUUCCCAACGGCUAUAAUAUUCCUCUCCCAUCCCAUCCUUAUAGCUCCAAAUCUUAAAAUAAGCACUGAAAUCCAUCAUCUCACUUGCAGUCUAUUAACGGUCAUUUCUCCCGAUUUCAACUCUCAAUAACCCCCCUCUCGCCAUUCUCUAAGUAAUCCAUCUCCCUUCUCUCUCAACUAUCUCUGUCUUGUCUUUCUCUCUGUCGUUUCGUUUGGAACAUAUUCAUCUGUGAUGGAGUCUGAUACACCAGCUACUACUACCAUUACAACUGCCACUGAUCAAGCUAACGUAAUUCAGCACGUAAACAAGGUAUCUUCAGAUCAAUUACUUCGUAAAUUUGCGGCAAUGGAAGAGGAUUAUUCGUCGAAAAAGAAACAAGAUAGUAUUUUGAAACGGGAUAAAAAAAGGUGUAGAAAAGAUAAGGAUGAUAACAAAGAAAAUGAGAAUAGCCCUUCUAGAAGUAUGAUUGUAGAGAGGAGAUCACUUCUUCCUAUAACCAAUCGGAGAUCAUCAUCGGGUUUACUUCGAAAGAUUGGAAUUGGGAGAUCAUCUCAAGUAAUCAAAGCUAGAGAAAUGAAGAACAAGUCCUUUGUGAGAGCAAUUGGGAAGACAUGGCGUAAAACAGUUGAAGGAGCUUCGAAGGUAUUCGUAGAGAAACAUUACAACAGACAUAAUCGUUUGAUUAACGAUUUCGUUUAACUUAGUUUUGAUUGAUCAGGACCAUCAAGGUCACUCUUUAAAUUUCGCCGUGUGAAUUAAGGUGGUUUUACCUGAAACUUGAUAGCCUAUAGUACGAAGUAUGUACCAUUCGUGGCUUUUCUUAUUAUUUAUUAAGGAAAAAUUAUUAAUAAAAUGUAAGAAUAUCCUGCUCUAAUUUCAACAGUUUCUCGCUUGUAGUA